AUCAUCACUAUAGGAAUGUCAUCCUGGUACCGGAAGCCGGUCGCGAUCACGGCCGAUUGGCACGCGGGCUCCCAAUAAGGGAUACGAAAGGGUCGCGCUAUUGGUGAAAGGGGUCCGCAUCCGAAGCGGUGCAAUCGUCGGUGCCCCCCCCUCUCCGCCUCAUCCCCUGGGUGCCCCUGGGCCUGGGCAGGGCUCCGCUAUAAAAGCAUACCGCGUCGCCCCUCGGACACGUAGUGUUUUCCCGCGUGCCGUACAAGAAAAACUGUCAUCACACACCAUGAAGUUCUUCAUUGUUUUGUUCGCCAUUGUGGCUGCCGUCAGCGCUGGAUACGAGCAAGUAUACCACGCGCAUUACAUCCCCCAGCAGCCCGCCAUUCCGCCCCCGCAUCCGGGUCCCCUGCAUAUCAAGGGAAAUGACCACGUCACCAGAAUACAUUAUGGCGCUCCUCAUGUUCCGCAUCCACAUCUCGUUGGCGUCGAGCAUUACGUACCCGCCCCGGAACCAGCGAUCUCCGUCGUGAAGACUGGACACGGCUGGUAAAAAGGGAACCCCCGUCUAACGAUGUCCCCCGACUAAACCCGUUGGUCCAGAGUGGUCUAUACCGGAAACGGCAGUCACAUUCCGAGUCUUAUCAAGCAAUGACAGCAGACAACUUCGUCGACGAUAUAUCUAAUUUCUGGCGUAUAUACCCGAAUAACAAUUGAAGAGGAAAAAACACACACGGCCAAGGAUCUAUCGACAACCAUCAAAAUCAGCCCACAAAAUCCCCAAGGAAUUUCGAGGAGAAACGAAAAAUCGUGGACCACUCGCGGAUCGCAGACCAGGCAGCUAAACUCAAGAAUAAAGAAAAACAUUCGUCCUGAUUUUACCUUAAAGCUACAUAUGACACGCCUUACACAAAUACACAUGGACACCAACACCCGCGUCUAUUUCUGUUCCUGCGUCUUUCCCCAACACCGAAAUUCUCGUGCGGCAAUUGUGAUAUUGAAGAAGACAUCACAACAUCGAAGAGAGCGUUUUCCCUUCCCCUCCUCUCCCCCCCCCCCCAAUUUCUUGGAUCCUAUCCCUAUUUUUCUUCACUGUCCGCAGCAACACUUUUAUUUAUUUUCUAAUAAAAGUUAAUUUGUGUACGUCUUGUGAUAAACCAGAAAUUGCGUUGUCGUUCUUUAUUCGAUCACCCAAUACGAUCCGUUUUUCUUCCCUUCGUUCUGUUCUUUUCCGUUUUUUCGUAAUUCUAUGUACUUUUAUUACUUAAUUUUUUCCCUUUUUCUUCUACUCUCGAAAGAAGUGGUAAUGAUUAGUUAUGAUAGCUCCCUUGGAAGAAAUAAAUACCGGAAUGAUUACGUGUAAAACGUGGGUAAAAUAGCAAAUUGUGCAAUAUAUUAUUAAAUGAGUA